AUGACUAGCGACAGCAAUUCUGAUUACGUCUUCCAGGGAUGGAUGGGCCUUGACAAGGACUCCGUUGGUAACAUGAAAUGGCAGACCUAUGAACCGAAACCAUGGGAAGAAACCGACGUCGAUAUUAAAAUCACUCACUCCGGUAUUUGUGGAUCUGAUAUACACACGCUUCGUAGUGGAUGGGGCCCAACCAUGUACCCGUGCGUGGUCGGCCACGAGAUUGUCGGUAUCGCCGUGCGGGUGGGAUCCGAAGUGAAACAUGUCAAAGUGGGCGACCGUGUUGGAGUUGGCGCACAGUCUGACUCCUGUCGCAACCGAACGGGUAAAUGCAACGACUGCUCUUCGGGGCGGGAGAACCUUUGCUGGAGAGAAGGCCGCACUGACACUUACAAUGGCGUCUAUUUGAACGGCGGCAAGUCUUACGGUGGUCACGCCGACUACAAUCGUGCUCCGGGCCAUUUCGUAAUCAAAAUCCCCGACCAGCUGAACCCUGCCCACGCGGCUCCGAUGCUCUGCGGUGGGGUCACAACGUAUACACCAUUGAAGGCGAACGGGUGCGGACCGGGCAAGCGCGUUGGAGUGAUCGGUGUAGGUGGACUGGGUCAUUUUGCGAUUUUGUGGGCGAAGGCUCUUGGCGCCGAUCGGGUGGUUGGGGUUUCACGCAGGGAGUCCAAGCGUGCAGAUGUGUUGAAACUAGGUGCCGAUGACUACAUCGCUACCGAGGAUGAGAAGGACUGGGCUCAGACUCAUGCCGCCAGUUUAGAUCUCAUUAUUUGCACGGUUUCAUCGCCAGAUAUGCCGCUACGGGACUACUUGGGCUUGCUGGAUUCCUAUGGUCGGUUGGUCCAGGUGGGUGCGCCUGAGGAUCAGCUUCCUGUUCUUCACGCGUUCGACUUCAUUCCGAAAGGGAAGUCGCUUUCAGGCAGCGUUAUCGGGUCACCGAAGGAGAUCGAGGAGAUGCUGCAGCUGGCGGUUGAGAAAAAUGUUCAGCCAUGGGUGGUGGAACGGCCGCUCAGUGACGCGAACCAGGCAUUUAUCGAUAUGGACAACGGUCUAGCCAGAUAUCGGUAUACACUUGUAAAUGAGAAGCAUAUUUAA